AUGUCAGACAAGUCAAGUCCGGAACGUCCUUCUUUGUUGGACAUGGAAUUGUCAGAUGCCGAUGACACUACUGACAAUAUGAAGGAUAACAAUGAAGACGAGCUGAAUGACAAUAACAUCGACAAGCUGCACGACCCUACAGGUCAAUACGCCAGUGCAUAUGCUCGCGCCACCAAAGCCAACCAGCCUACUUCACCGGCUCCUAGCUCCUCUCCAUCUCCUCAACCACCUAUCCGCAAGCGUGCCCGCAGAUCUCGCAGCCGAGUCCCAUCUCCAGAACCAAAUCGUAGCCUUCAAGCUCAGGACCCUGCCUCCCCUCCAAAUCAAAAUUCGUUUGCAUUCUCCCACCAAUACGGCCGGCGAGAGCACGACCGCCUUUAUGAUUCCCCUCGAGGAUUUGGAGAACCCGCCAACCGACAUGGCCCUGCUGUUGCCCGUGUUGUCAGCCGCCAUUAUAUGCCUUCCCAAUAUAAUAGCACCCGUUCCGAUAAUCCCACCGAGUUUGAGCUCGCUUCGGUACCCCUUUCUAAGCGAGGUUAUCACCCCCUUUCAUUCACUUCACAAUACGACAUUCCUGACUACGAGCAAUCACCUCCUCCAUCCGUCCGACCAUCUUGCCUCCAACAACCUACUUCCAUCCAAUACCAGAAUACCCAUUACGAGGGCCAAGGCCCUUCACGAGAGCUUGUACCUUACAACGGCAACUACACAGCAGAAAGACGUGCAACCAUGAAUCGCCAACCAAAGAGAGGCUACGAGUCAGUCAGAGACGGCGAUUCGGAGAGUGGUAUCUUCGUCAAGGUGGAUGGAUAUCGAGUUGAACAAGCAGGGCAGAGUGGCAAGCGCUUCUCUCAAGAUAGCCUCCAUUCCUAUGAAAAUAUCCGUUCCCGACCGCAACCUGGUCAACUCCCAGGUGAUGAGUACUUCAACAAUCCUGGCAAGAACUUGCGCCAAUCUCGCUACUCUGGAGGCCAGAACAAUUGGGGAAUCAAUAAUAUACCCGUUCUGGUCCCGGAGGAUGAAGUCACGGACGCCGCAUUGCUCAAGCGUGGUCUUAAUCGUGGAGACGGGGCAAAGGUCUGCAAGCGCGGUUAUGGAGCCAACGAUCCUGAGAACAUUGCCAUCGUCAAUAUGUUCGAGAAGGAUCGAAUGUCCUUUGAAGACAUAUGCAAGAAGCUCAAUUCUGACCGAGUCCUGAACGGCAGAGACCCCACUCUUAGUGCAAACGGCUGCCAAAAUCGUUAUAAUCGAAAUGCUCCGAUCCUCUUUAGCGCCGAGGGAAGAGAGUUUAUUCCCCUUGGUUCUCGCAAGCGUGGGCAGCGAAUGGACGAUAUUCCACCCACAAAACCAAGAGCUAAGGCAGUUUGGAAUGAUGAGCUUGACACUGCUCUGGUAUUGGCUGUCAGAGAAUGGGAGAGCAGGAAGUGGGAUGAUGUUGCGGUGCUCUUCAAGCGGAAGACUGGUGUUGAUAUGGAUGCCGGAGCUUGCGCCAACCGCCACCACAUCAUCUAAGUGUGGGGAAAGCAAGUUGUCGAGUGAGGUGGGGUGGAUUCUUGACAACAAAUUACCUGGAGUUGGUAUUUGAUGGACAUGGGUGGAUACUUGACAAUGGCUGUGUUCAGAUGAUAUGGCGUUGCUUUCUACACUUCUUGCGUUGCUUUAAAAGUUCG